ACCCCAGCUUCUAUCUUUCUCCUCAAUUCAUCUUGUGUGCACUGCUCCCAUUUCUUCCUUUGUUUCCUACACAAGACCUCCUCACAAUGGCUGCCAGCCCCAUUCGGAAUGGACUCUUCGUCCACGAUAACACUACCCCACCGGCACACCCUAGCUUAAUGCAGAUGUUCUCUCUGAAAGGCAAGACUGCCAUCGUCACGGGUGCCACUGCGGGCAUUGGGUUUGCCGUAGCCAACGGGCUGGCGGAAGCCGGUGCCAAUGUGGCCAUUUGGUAUAAUUCCAAUGCCAAGGCCCACGAAAGCGCAGCUCAAAUCAGCGAGAAAUAUGGGGUUCAGACCAAAGCAUAUCAAGUUCAGAUCACGGAUCCCCAGGCCGUGCAAGAAGCGGUCGACCAGGUUGUGAAGGACUUCAACGGCCGACUAGACGUCUUCAUCGCCAAUGCCGGUGUCGCCUGGGUGAAAGGGCCCAUGGUCGAUGCUCCUUUGGAUCACUACGAAGACGUGGUUGGCGCCGAUCUCAACGGCACCUUCUAUUGUGCCCGAGCUGCCGCCAGCCAUUGGCGCAGACAGAAGGAGGAGGGCACCGAUGUCUUCGGCAACAAGCUCGAGAACUUCACGUACGGUAGCUUUGUGGCUACGGCCUCGAUGAGCGCGCAUAUUGCGAAUAUCCCCCAGUUGCAAGCGGCGUAUAAUGCCGCCAAAGCGGGGGUCAUUCAUCUUUGCAAGUCUCUGGCCGUCGAAUGGGUCCGGUUUGCGCGCGCCAACACCGUUUCCCCGGGAUAUAUUGUGACGGAGAUUUCCAAUUUUGUUCCGGCCGAGACUAAGAGCAUUUGGAAGGAUAAAAUUCCCAUGGGUCGCGAGGGUCGGCCUGAGGAGCUGAAGGGAGCUUUCCUGUAUCUGGCAUCCGAUGCGUCCAGCUACACGACGGGUGCCGAUAUCCUAGUGGACGGCGGGUACUGUGCUCCUUAAACAUGUGUAUUGGCAAUAGAGUCUUUUCUUUCACCUUCCAUACUGUCGAACUUGAUGGCGACGUGGGAAAGGUGGAAUCCUUGGCUGAAAGGCGAUUGCU